GGCCCCCAUCCUGCACUCAAAUGCAGGGUACACCUUGCAGACUUGACUGUCAAGAAAAUGCUUCCCAUUUUAGCUUUGUUGCUCCUCUGCCAAGGAUUUUUAUGCACAACCAUAACAUCGAAGAAAGUGUGUGGCCGCCCGCCUAUCACUGACGGGAUAGAUGAGACGACCUUAAAACGUGUGUUUGAGGUUGGAGAUGAAGUGACCCUCACUUGUGAACGGGGUUACUUGCCUUCAACAACGACCAGUCAACGAAUUACCUGCACUGCCACGGGAGAAUGGACACAGUCAAAUCUGGCAUGUUCCCCUAAAAUGUGCCCGAUCCCCAGACCUCUGCAGCCUUUAGCAAAGGGCAGGACGGAGGCUCCUUUCAGGAGUGUGCUUAACUUCACAUGUGACGAUGGGUAUGUCAUGCUAGGAGCCAAUGAGAGCAAGUGUUCACAUGAUGGCACCUGGAGCAAUCCACCACCUCUCUGCAAAGCUGUGAAUUGUCCUCUGCCCAAGCCACCAAAAGAAGGAAGAAUUGUCCACGAUACGCCAGUUACAGGAAACACGAUCAUGUAUGGGCAGAGCUGGACCUACGAGUGCAACUCACCGAAAGCACCAACGUAUGAGAGGGGCUCGUGCAAGGCUGAUGGAACAGCAACAGAGCCACCUCUGUGUCAAGAGGUGAGCUGCCGUAUUCCAGCAGGUAUACCCAAUGGCUUCAUCACCUUUGCAGUGAUGAGACAACAUGGCUACAAGGAGAAGGUUAAAUACGGCUGCAAUGAGAACUACAUUUUGGAUGGUGAUGCUGAGGUUCAAUGCCAAAACACAGGCAACUGGUCUUCCAAGCCUGUCUGCAGAGCUCCCUGCACAGUUGUCAUCAAGAGAGGCCGCAUUUUCUACAAUGCCAAGAAGCUGUGGAUCGCAGACCUGAAACCCAACAGAGUCCUCCACAGAGAACCCGUCGUCUUCUACUGUCUGAACAAAGCCGAGCGCUGUGGCUAUCCUGUGGCAACCACGUGUAAUGAUGGAGUCCUCCCGAUUCCAGAGUGCUUUGAAGAACCUGGAAAGAUAGAAUACACCCUAAGGGCAAAAACCCUGCCAUCUGAAAUUGCAAUGUGUGCUGCGUCACCACCUGCAAGCCCUGCAAGCCCUGCAAGCCCUGCAAAUCCAGCGAGAGCUGCAUAAUGUUGCUCAGACAGAUGUGAGACACAUUGACAGGAUGGGAUGUACUGGAUCACAGGGGAAAAUGUGUUGCAACUUCAACUUUAAUUUCAACUGUCAUUUCCAAAUACUAAUAAAGUGAUACGUUCUGUGUGAAUUCAAAUGUGAAA